GUUGAGCAGUUUUCUGAAAAUUCACGGAACCUGGCAAACAGUAUUUACAGUGGGCCCUGAUGUAGGUUCUGCUCAGAAAUCACAGUAAUGAGAGAAAGAAGAAGAAAAACAUGUUGGAACAUUUCGCAAAACACUGAAAAGAUGGGCCCUUGUACUCCAUCACAAUGGACCGAUUGAGACCAAAUGUGAGAUUGGCCAGCGGAAUUCAUUUCCAGUCUCUCGCGUAAAAAUAAUUCAAGAUGGCGGCCCAGCUGUGCUAAAGCACAUGGUAAUCAUUUGCCAAAUGUUUUCGUGAUUGUAAAGAAUAGUUCUGUCUGUGUGUUGGAAAAGCAAUCAUGGUCAAGAGGAAAGAAACAAAUACGCACAGGUUUAAGGGAUUUUCUGAGCGUAUUGCAGCUAUUAAGGUCGACGUGACACACAAAAUCCAAAGAAGUACCGAAACUCCAGAGGACGAAGAUACGUUUUUUUGUGAAGCUCUUGCGAAAUGGACGGAGCUAAACUGCACUUUACACUUUCAGAACUUUGCUUCAGAGGUCAGACAAUACGUUCAAAGUCUUGCUCAGCUUGUUCACCACAAGCAGCAAGUUAUAGCAUUGUUGAAAACGCAUCUGCAAGUUCCCGGAAGUCUCGCGUUGGAGUCCUUGUUAGAUCUUGUUGUUCAGUUGGCUAGAGACUUGCAGGCUGACUUUUACCCAAACUUCAGUAGUUUCUUCAAUAUUUUUGUAUCUCUUCUGAAUCGCUGUUGGCAAGAUACCCACCUUCUGGAGUGUAUAUUUACGACUCUGAGCUAUCUAUUUAAGUUUCUUUGGAGAUACAUGGUGAAAGAUAUCGAAGAAGUCUUUAGUUUGUACAGUCCACUUCUGGUGGGUGAACAAAAGAAUUACAUUCAGCAGUUUGCUGCAGAGAGUUUCUCCUUCCUUAUGAGAAAAAUCAAAGACUCCAGCAGACUGUUUGACGUACUUUUCUCUGCACUUGACUCCCAGCCAGAUUUAUGUCAAGGGCUUGGAUUUUUGUGUUUUGAAAUGAUCAAAGGAGUGAAAAAGCAGUUCCAUUCUAUGACAGAUUCUGUUCUACCUGUCUUGUUCUCUAAAACUGGAGUUUUUCAAAGCAAAUCUAUUGGUGUGGUACAUUGUUUGCAGUGGGAAUUGGUUUUCCAGUCACUCGUUCACAUGAUUGAGAGAAUGGCAAGAUACACUGUGAAGGAACAUUGUCAAGUGGUUGAGAAGUCUCUGGUUCAAGAGCUGCAAAGGUUAUGGAGUGUUUGGAAAGAGAAACAGUAUGGUAGUGAACAAGAAGAGUCCCUGAAGAGUCAAAUAGGUUUUCUUCUAAGGUUGACUAAUGUUUGGGUUUCUUGGAAGUCUGGUAGCUUGGUAUCUGACCCAGUACAGUUAUUUAAUGUGGUCCAGACAAUGAUGGUUAAUGAUUUCAUAUCAGACGUCAUUGCCUCUCCAUUGCUUGAACUUGCAUCAACACUUCUACAGGCAUCAUUUACUGAACUUUCAAGAGAUCGAUUCUGUAAACAACUGACAUUGAAGGUCUUCAAUUCAGUAAACAGUCGUGAACAGUUAUUUACAUUUUGUAGACAUGUUUUGAAGUGGGAGAACUUCCAGGCAGAUGUGUUGCCUUUCUUGUUGAAUUGCUGCCAAGAAGAGCUUUUAAAGGGCUCAUCUAAACUUGAAGAAGUGUUCCUUAUCCUGACAGAGGUUAUUGUUCAAAAUGCUUCCAGGAGUGAAGGUGGCCUUGAUUUGGGUAGCUUAAAAGGCUUGAUUUUCUUUCCCAAAUGUGGCACUAAACAAGGUGGAAAGAUUUUAAGGGCUUUUCUUGAUAAUCUGACAUUAGAUGAUGGCACUUUGUUGGACAAGAACAGGCUUUGCUUAAUAUGGAGUGUUCUUGUGUGUAUUCCUUGUAUAAGUAAGUGGACUCGUUACGUGGCGGCAGCAAAUCAUACUAUAAAACAUUCAGAAGAUACGUUGCCUGAGACUUGUCCAUCUUUUUUAUCUGGAAAGGUUUUCCAGUCACUCGUUCACAUGAUUGAGAGAAUGGCAAGAUACACUGUGAAGGAACAUUGUCAAGUGGUUGAGAAGUCUCUGGUUCAAGAGCUGCAAAGGUUAUGGAGUGUUUGGAAAGAGAAACAGUAUGGUAGUGAACAAGAAGAGUCCCUGAAGAGUCAAAUAGGUUUUCUUCUAAGGUUGACUAAUGUUUGGGUUUCUUGGAAGUCUGGUAGCUUGGUAUCUGACCCAGUACAGUUAUUUAAUGUGGUCCAGACAAUGAUGGUUAAUGAUUUCAUAUCAGACGUCAUUGCCUCUCCAUUGCUUGAACUUGCAUCAACACUUCUACAGGCAUCAUUUACUGAACUUUCAAGAGAUCGAUUCUGUAAACAACUGACAUUGAAGGUCUUCAAUUCAGUAAACAGUCGUGAACAGUUAUUUACAUUUUGUAGACAUGUUUUGAAGUGGGAGAACUUCCAGGCAGAUGUGUUGCCUUUCUUGUUGAAUUGCUGCCAAGAAGAGCUUUUAAAGGGCUCAUCUAAACUUGAAGAAGUGUUCCUUAUCCUGACAGAGGUUGUUGUUCAAAAUGCUUCCAGGAGUGAAGGUGGCCUUGAUUUGGGUAGCUUAAAAGGCUUGAUUUUCUUUCCCAAAUGUGGCACUAAACAAGGUGGAAAGAUUUUAAGGGCUUUUCUUGAUAAUCUGACAUUAGAUGAUGGCACUUUGUUGGACAAGAACAGGCUUUGCUUAAUAUGGAGUGUUCUUGUGUGUAUUCCUUGUAUAAGUCCAUUAGAUAGUCCUCAGUGUUGCAGUCAGCUCCUCAGCCUUAUCCAUUCGCUCAAUGAGCGCCUUUCGUCAGACCAGUCCGUUGGAAAUGAUGUGGAAUGUUUGAGCGUACUCAGUCAGGCCAUUGACUCAUACACUUUGGUUGUGCCAAGCGCAGAUGAAAUUGUUCAGCAUUUAGACUUUAACUUCCUGUUAACUUUAGUCAGGUCCUGGCCUGACAAUGUUCAUGUUCUUCAAGCUUGUUUCAAACUGACGGAAGUGGCAAGGAAACAUGGAAUUAAAAGUUUUGUUAGCGAGCAAAACCUUAAGGAAGUAUAUUCGUAUCUACGCCUGAAUCUUUGUUGUGCAAGUCAUGUUGUACGUCUUCUUACCCUCAAGAUCUUGUCGUGUUUUGAUCAGCCAGAAAGGAGUUCCUCAGAUAACAAGGUACAGUACAGAUUGAAAACAUUGUGUAUGCAUGCUUUCAGGUGCUGUAAUUAUUUGCACAGUAUUUUUACAGCAAUCUCUCCUCCGCUUUGCUACAGCAAUGAAUAUUUUGUGGCGAUGGAAAACGUAGCCCCUUCCCAAGACAUCCGAGCCAAAAGCAGCUCUGAACAACAGGGAAGGCCGACAGAACCAGAAUCCACGGAGAAUGAAGCAGAUAACACUACGGAGGAACCACAAGGAAACCUUCACAAAAGGCGACACAAAGCAGCCACCAAGUCUCUUUGUACUCAUCUGACUCUCUUCACAGCUUUUAAAAACCCGAAAGCGCUCUUCAAAGAAUCCGAAGUAAGGCAACUGUUUAUGAGAUUCUUGGCUCACAGAGAGGCUGAGGUUCAGAAGCUUUCUUUCCAGUGUCUCUUGACGUACAAGUUUCAUUAUCUGGAGUCCUACAAGGAGAAUAUUGAGCGCUUAUUAGACGAUGAGAACUUUCGAGAUGAGUUGGCGCAUUUUUCGGUUGAUGAGGAUAACGGAAUUGUGGUUAAAAGCCAUCGAGACGGGCUGAUGCCAAUCCUUAUAAGACUUCUUUACGGAAAAAUGCAGAGGUGGACUGGGGCUGGUACCGGGGGAAGAGCGGGCGUCGGAGUGAGGCGAGCUGUAGUUCUGAGGUUCCUGGCCUCUUGUCCUCAACAAGAGAUACAAAUCUUCAUGGAUCUCAUUUUGGCGCCUUUUAAACACCUAUACACAGCAGAUGAUCCAGGCCUGAUUGUUACCGCCGCUACAGAUCUCUCUAGUGUUGUCCCUGUGAAGAAACAACAAGGGUUUCUGGGAAUGGUGUCGCAGAUCCUGAACAAGAUGGGAAACCUGGCGUCGUCUUUUCUUCCUUCCAUCCUGCAAAUCAUCCUGUCAUUGCUGUCAACCUGCGUGUUUGCUCUCGAACACCGGGAAAUGGUUCACCCGUCUUUUGUCUCUCAGAUGAAGACGGUUCGACAGUUGGCCGUUACUCGCUUGACGGAAUUUUUUGAGUUUAUGACUGACUAUGACUUCAAACCCAUUUGUGAGUCCGUGUUCUCGUCAGCCGUGUGGCCUCAGAUAGAGAAGCUUAACCAAGAGAGCAUUCAACAUCCAACGCCAUUGCUCAAACUUUUGUUUGCUUGGUCGAAGAAUUCUCGUUUCUUUCCUUUGCUCUCGAGAAAACCAGCUGAAAAGCCUGACUUGUCAAUCAUGUACUGCGUGUUUGCAUGUCUGCGUGUUCCGUCAGUGUCAGAGGAUGUGGUUGCCAUGGUUAUUGAGAUGACCGACAAUCUUCUUGCUACGAGCCAAUCAGAGAUGGGAGAUGAAGAAAGCGAUUUAUUGGAAUGUGGUUCCGAACUGACAAUAACCUGGAAAUACGACGAUGAUAUCAGGCUCAGCUAUGGAACGUUAUUAGUUCUUCCAUACAUCUCGGAGAUCUUGGAAUAUCUGAGUCAUUCAGUCCAACGAGCUAUCGACAACUCAAAAGGAAAAAAUAAGGGGAAAGUGAUUCUUCCGCAACGAGAGCUUUCAGUCUUGUCUAAAAUCAGCCCAUUUGUGAAAGAUGCGAAACAGUCUGCUACAUUAAUAGGCGUCCUUCUGCCUUUCUUGAGUUCUUCUCAAAAGGAAGAAACUGCGAACAACAUUCUGAAAACUGUUCAAAGUCUACUGGCCAAUGUGGACAGACCAAAAGACUUCGUUACACCUUUGUCAAAGCUGUUCUCGCAGAUUAACACUCGCAGUACAAGACAAUGCUUGUGUGAUGUGUUUCUUGAGCUGGCAAGUGUUGAUUCAAGCUUCUCGUCGAAUGCGUGUGAAAUUCUUGCUCGUUUGAACGCUUGGAAUUCAAAACGCGUCGAAGAACCUGAUUAUGAUGCACGACUGGAGGGCUUUGCCAAUGCUAAGCUUCUGGUCCAGCAAGACGCUUUGGAAACAGAUGAAAUUCUGCCAUUACUACACAACUGCAUCUAUUUCGUGUUGUGCAGUGACGACUUGUCCAUCAGAGACAGUGCAGGCAGCUGCAUGAGUUGCAUCGUGCGUUAUGUUGUACAGCGGGGUGGAGUGAAGGACGAGAGAUUUCAUGUGCUCAUCAUGAAGUGCCUGUUACCGGCUUGCAGAAAAGCUCUCUCUUCAAAGAAGGAGUCAACCAGGAACGAAUUCCUAGAUGUGCUUUCCACGAUGGUUCGUGAGUUUGAACACGAUUCUUUCACAGAUCUUAAGGUUCUCCUGGACGAUGAUCCCGAGAAAGACUUUUUUGAAAACAUCAAGCACAUUCAGCUCCAUCGUCGCAUUCGCGCACUUCGUCGCCUGCAGUCACAUUGUCAGCAGCACAGCCUCAGAACCACAAGCCUUACAGCCUAUCUUUUGCCAUUGGUAACACACUGUGUGUUUGAUCACACGGCCGCUAAGGAGCACAACCUUGUCACCGAAGCAGUUACCACUAUAGGAACAAUAUCGGCAAGCCUACCCUGGUCCAAGUACUGUUCCCUACUGAGACACUAUUUGAAACUACUACCUGUGGAAAAGCAUUCCCAGAAAGUUAUUGUUAGAGUUGUGGUACUCAUUCUGAACAAUUUCCACUUUGACCUCAGUUCUGUUCCUACGCAAAUGGAAAAAGCUAAAUUCACCGAAACUAGCCCAGGUGUUAAAAACACAGAAGCAAAAAAAGUUGACAGUGAAACUGUCAGAACGGAAGAUCCAAUUAAAAGAUCAAACGAACCUGAUAGUGGAGGUGAUGAUGAUGAUGAUGAUGAUGAUGACGAUAAACACGAUGAAGAUGAUGAAAGAGGCGAAGAAGAAUCAGUUGCUAAGGAAGAAGUAUCUGAUCUUUCCAAGGAGGAACUUGCUUUGCGUAUCUACAACACAAUAACUUCAUCUAUUCUACCGCAGCUACACAAAUGUGUGACCAAAAAGAGCAAGUCGGCUGAUUAUCACCGGUUGAGUCAACUGAAAGCUGAAGAUGAAGAGGAAAUGUUACGUGUCCCCAUCAUACUUGCCAUUAUUAAACUCCUGCAAGCUUUACCCGAGGAUGCGCUUCACUUACAUCUGCCAGGCCUUCUUCUCCGAAUCUGCCACACGUUAAAGAGCAGAGCCCGAGACGUCCGUGAUGCAGCACGGGAUACGCUUGCGAAGAUUGCUGUUUCUCUUGGAGCCCAGUACUUUUCUUUCGUAUUAAAGGAGCUCAGAAGUUCGCUUACAAGAGGAUACCAGCGUCAUGUCCUUAGUUUCACAAUUCACACGGUACUGGACAAAAUGAGCGACAGCCUGGUACCGGGGAAACUGGAUCCGUGUCUACAGGGAUUGGUAGAGGUGCUUGUUGAAGACUUAUUUGGAGAAGCUGCAAAAGAGCGAGAAGUGGAAAAGAUUGCCAACAAGCUUCCUGAAGCGAAGACAUGCAAGAGCUUUGAUACUUUUGAGAUUCUUGCUAAAUUUGCAGGAACGCGAUCCUUGACUGGUUUGGUUUCUCCUUUGAAAGAGGUUCUUGACUCGACGCAAAGUCACAAAACGGCUCGUCGAGUUGAAGAGGUUCUGCGAAGGAUUGGAGUGGGACUGCAAGCAAACUCCAGCAUAACUCCACAGAUACUGCUCAUGUUUAUCCACGGAAUUACUCGUGAAAAUAUUCCGCUUUUGAAAUCAAAACCAGAAGAAAAGAAAGAAGCUUCAACGCAAGCAGACGCAAGACAGCGCCCUGGUAGCUCAUUGCUGUUACCGCCUGCCCCAACACGUGGAGGAAGCGCCCCCCAGACCAGCACCAAGACGAAUCACCACAUUCUGGUCCAGUUUGGUCUUCAGUUACUAUAUAUGAUGCUCAAACACGGAAAAAUCUCCUCGUCAGACCAGGAACAUCAGCAAAUGGUGGAUCCUUUCGUAGGAUUACUCACCGACUGCCUCAAGUCCAAAUAUAACAAGGUUGUAACCAUCUCUCUCCGUUGUGUAAGCUGGCUGGUUAAGUUCCCGCUGCCCUCGUUAAACCGCUGUGUUCCUACAAUCGGAAAACUGCUCUUCAACUUGCUCAAGAAUUAUGCAAAAGCUGGUGCAAAAGUUGGAGAGAAUUUUGAAAUGGUUCUCUCCGCCUUUAAGGCCAUGACGGUGAUCAUACGGGACUUCAAACAAUACUCGGUUGCCGAAAAGCAUCUACAGGUGCUGUUAGGAUUUGUUGAGGAAGACAUCCAUGACCACACAAAACAAGGAACAGCAUUUCCUCUUCUUAAGGCCAUCCUUUCAAGGAAGCUCACAGUGCCUGAAAUCCAUGACGUCAUGUGGAAGGUGGGGCAGCUGUCAAUCACUGGAAGCUCACCUUCGGUUCAGCUUCAGUGCAGACAGUGUAUGUUGCAGUUCCUUCUGGACUAUCCACUGGGCACUAAGCUGCAAAGAUACUUGGAGUUUUAUGUUUCUCAACUGAGCUACGAACACGAGACAGGUCGAGAAUCAGCACUAGAGAUGUUGGAAUCCAUGUUUUCUUCAUUUCCUGAGUCGAUGCUGAUUGACUAUGCUGGUUUCUUCUUUGUACCACUGACCUCUCGCUUGGUGAAUGAUGACUCGGCCGCUUGCCGUAAGCUGACAGCUCUGGCAAUCAAGUCACUUCUUGCCAAAAUUGAUGCCGACCAGCGACAGAAGCUAUUUUCGAUCGUACUGUUAUGGUUUAAAGACGAAAAGAUCAGUCUUCAGCGUCUUGCUGCUCAAGUCAGUGGUUUGUUCGUUGAAGUUGAAGAAAAGAACUUUGAAAAACGACUUGGAACUGUGUUACCACUUGUUGCCAGCCUCGUAUCUCCAGACCAGUUUAAAAUGGAAGAAGAGCAGGUUAGCAGCUCCGAGGGCCUCCACCGGAUCAAAGAUCAUCUUCUUUUCAACACGCUCUCGUUUCUGGUGAAAGUUUUUAAACAUUGCCAGGUUAUCAAGAACCCGAGCAGACAACAGGAUAUGGCGCAAAUCUGGGAAUCUGUGGAAGCUCACUUACUUCAUCCGCACGCCUGGGUACGACUCGUGUCCAGUCGAUUACUUGGUCUUCUUUUUGCCGCGUGGAAACCCGAAGAACUGGUAGCUGGUUACGAGAAGGGAACUACGUCACUUGAUUAUCUGCAGAAGGAUUUACCAACAAAGGUAGCCAAACUUUGUGACGACAUUUGCACUCAGCUGCGUUCGCCUCUUUUGGAAAACGAAUUGGGAGAACAGAUUGUCAAGAACUUGGUAUUUCUGGCCAAAACUCUGCAGAUCCUAGACGGCAAAACGGAAUCAAGGAUGGAAAACAGACAACACGCGACUGUUGCUCCUGAAGGAAAUCUUAGCACAAAAGAUGGAACUUGUCUGACGCUGACAGCUCUCCUAAACAACAUGAACAAGAUAGCAACACUAGAAGCCUCUCAAACUCCCAAACAUACAAAAAAGAGAUCCUCUGUAUUACGAUGGGUGGCUGCUGUGUCCAUUAAUCUAGGGAAAGAUGGCAUCGAACCGCACCUUGCAGACAUUUUGAGCCCGGUUUACAGGGAGCUGGAACUAGCCACCACCUACAUAGAUUCUGAUCUGGAGAAACUUGCCCAGGAAGUGUUGGAGCUGAUCAAAAGUCUUGUCGGGCGGGAAACCUUCUCGCGGGCGUACGCCAGCCUCCAGCAAACGACAACAGAAGCACGCGAAACGAGAAAAAGAAAGAAGGCGUUGGAGGCGGUGGCGGAUCCAGCGAAGAGUGCUCGUAAGAAACUUAAAAAGAACUUAGCAAAGAAGGAAACAAGAAAAAGGAAGAUUGAUUCUAUUAAGCCGGAAAGGAAGUUGAAAGCAUUUCGAAGACAAGAACAUUGACAUUGGCUGGGCGCUGGAUAUUUUCAUCAAGUAACGACAUGAAUUAUGAUGACACACAAGAAACAAACCCUCCAAUUUCCUCGCUCUAAUGAAGGACGUUAAUCUAAGACGGAUUGUGAACAAACUUGGAAACAGUUGCAGACAGUUCGCCCCAUGCACGGAUCUGUAGCCCGGGUCUGUUGAGAGCGCACUAUUAAUCCGAAAUAUACCUAUAACUACAGAAUCGCGCCAAAUCGCUUUUAACAAAUUUUGAGAUACCAUCGAAACAAGUUUCUAGUUCUUGGAAGUAUGCAAACUAGAGUUCUGUGAAGCAGCCACAAUAUUUUUUCUGGCAGCUUGUUCUUUACACAGGUCGUGAAAUGUGAACUGAAGUGGACAACGUUCUCUUUGACGCUUUCGUAGUUUUAGUAAAACUAAAUUUUUGUCGCCCUAUGAAUUCACACUUUUCUACGAGCUUUAGUGCGACUUGAGUACUUUGGCAGAACCAAAAGGUGUUUUCCUUUUAAUUUUGCCGUAUUUAAAUGCUGUUCAGUACAUCUCCAACACAAAGGCAGUGAUGAGGUUUCUAAUAUAACGAACUCAUUUGAGGACAAAUAGCUGGUAAAGAGUUGGUCGAGUGACCUAUUAUAUAACAGUAGGGGGGCAAACCGAGACACUUGCCUCAGACAUUAGUUUUUCGUUUUGUUGUUUUUAGCAUAGUUAAUAGAGGGGAAUAGUAAUGAAACCGGACAAAGUUCUUUGUUGUAUGUUUUUGUUCGCUUUUUUGGCCUUAAUUGUUGUUUACUACCGACUGGGGAACUAACCAAUAGAAACGUUUAGGUUACGUAAUUCAUGCAUAGUGUAUGAGCAAAAAAUAAAAGACUGUGCACGGUCGUGGACCUUCCAACAUAGAUCUUGGCAUCUUUGCUUGCUCGUUUGAUGUUUACCGGGUUUCAACCUCAGUCGUAUGUUUCUUUUUUCUGGCUGCAGCCCUGAAUAGGGUCUCUUUGGUUUUGCUUUUAUGAUUUCAGAAAGUGUUAAUAAAUUGAAGCAGCACCA